GGGGGGGUGGGGGGGCACAUGGAGGGGUUUCCACCAAAUGGCUUAAUGCCGGUUCUUGCAAUCUAUUUAAAGGUGCGUUACAAUCCUACUCCACUAACUUUCAGUGUAUUCCCACAUAAAGCGGAAACAACAACUCAUCAAAUGUUAUUUUUUUAAGUCAAACUCACGAGGUAGUUACAGUUUAUCACGUUUAAGAAACAAAAAAUCAAAAUCACUGAGUCUUAAAUCUCCCCAAAAUACUGAAGUUGAAAAAGCACCGCUCGGUCCGGAGGGGUUUUAAAAUCUAUGCUGGGAAUUCGCUCACUCUGCCUCGUGCAGAACUAACGUUGGUUUAUUGUUUUAAAUCACAUUGACUGAUGCUCCGUUUUGAAAGCCGGAUGUUGCGCACCCUGCUGCGCAUGUGCGCUUCAUCCGAGCGAGGAGACGCUUCAAGGUGCGCGCGGCUGUCGGACCGGGCGCGUGAGUCGGGUCUUUUUUUGAGGGGGGGGGGGAGGUGGGGGCGAACGGGAACAACAGGUGGAAUUAACAUACGUCACAUCCAUCGAGACAAACGUCCCCCCAGUUUCUGCUGGAGUUGUUUUCGUUCGUUUUUCUUCUUUUAAUGGGAUUACCUUAAAGUUCCGCAAAAGAGCGCAGUGCGAAUCUGAGAUGAGCGGCGCAACUUCGCCGAAGUGCUGAAGGAAACUGCGGCAUCAUGAGUCUGAGACCGCAGGUGAGGCAAAAGAUCCAGAUUCUCAUCUAUUUAUUGUUGCUUAGGUUUAGUUGUGUUGUUUUAGACUGCUGUUUGUACCACUUUAUUUCUGUUUGUAAAAUGCAGCAAAAACAGACAAUUAUUACAUUAAUGUCAGAUGCAUUCAGUAAAAUAACAUUUAAUAAUGUCAAUAGUUAAUAGUUGACCUCUUAAACAACUUUUUCUUUUUUUUUUUAAAUACCUGUAUGUCAUUUUCAAGAGCCCCGCUUAGUCCGUUUGUUGGACGACGACCACCCGGGACGGGCAGGAGAGCGGCCUGCGGACAGGGAGGGGUGAAGAUGGCGUCCAGGGGACCUCCUGACGGGGGCUACGGCUGGGUGGUGGUCAUGUCGGCCUUUUUCGUCAUGGGCCUUACCGCUGCCGUCCUUAAGAACUUCGGCCUCUUCUUCCUGGACAUCCAGAGUCACUUCGGGGUCCUGACCAGCACCACCUCAUGGGUCACCUCCACGACCAUCGUCAUGUUUCACCUCGGAGCUCCAUUGGCCAGUGCGCUGACCAUGCAGUUCUCUCACCGGGCCGUCGUCGUAGUCGGGGGUCUGCUGUCGGCCUCCGGCCUGUUGCUGGCGUCUCUGGACCUCGGCCUGCCCUGGCUCUACCUGACCAUGGGGGUCCUGGAAGGAACGGGCAUCGCCUUCACGUGGGUCCCCGCCAACAGCCUGGUGAGCCACUACUUUUCGCGUUGGCGCCCCAUCGCCUACGCCGUCGCCAGCUCGGGGGAGUGCGUCUUCGCCGUCAUGUUCAGCCCCUUCUUCCGGUGGCUCAUCGAGACGUACGGCUGGCAGGGCGCCCUGCUCGUCAUCGGAGGCCUUCAGCUCAACCUGUGUGUCUGCGGCGCUCUCAUGAGGCCGCUGGAGGUGGACGGCGAGGACGUCCGGACGACGCAGGAAGCCAAAGAGGCGCCGCCGCUGCCGCCGAGGAGGAGGACAAAAGUCGUCUUCCAGUUCUCCCUGAUGGGAAAACCCGAGCUGCUCCUCUACAUCCUGUUCGGCAUCUUGGCGGCGGCGGGCUUCUUCAUCCCGCCUCUCUUCCUGGCGCCUUUCGUCAGCAGUUUGGGGACGGACAGCUACUGGCCCGCCUUCCUCCUCUCCGCCCUGGCGCUGGCCGACCUGGCGGGGCGGCUGCUCUGCGGGUGGGUGGCCAACGCCAGGCUGGUGAGGAACCUGCAGCUGCUCGCCGUGGUGGUCGCCCUGCUGGGGGCGGUGCUCCUGCUGCUGCCCGUCAGCCACGACUACUGGACCAUCCUGGUGUUUUCGGCGCUCUACGGCUUCCUGCUGGGCUGCGCGGUGGCCAUCCACGUCACUUCCAUCGUGGACAUCGUGACGCUGGAGGGCUUCGACAGCGGACUGGGACUCUUCAUGCUCUUCAGGAGCGUCGGCGGGUUCAUCGGCCCGCCCGCCGCAGGCUGGCUGGUGGACCAGACGGGCGACUACAGCGCCGCCUUCUACCUCUCGGGUGUCUGCCUCGUUGCGUCGGCGGGCUUCGUCGGCCUGGUGGACCGCCUGGUUCAGAGGAGGACAUCAUCAUCAUCAUCGGAGGCCAAAGGUCAUCAGGCGGGAGGCCGAUAGCGAACCCGCGGUGCCAGAGAGGAAUGGUCAGCGAGCGCCGGGUCCUCAUUCCCAGCAGAUAGUUCUCAUCCCUCCGUUUCUAUACUUUCUAUCGUGAGUUAUAUAUUCCUGCUUACAAAUGUAAGUUGCACAAAAAGCAGCGCUUCCGUUCUGCGUGGCAGUAUCGUUUUUAUUAGGCAGAAAAGUUUCAAAACCCAAAGAAAAACUUGAUUUUUGUUUUUUCUGUCGUGCUGAAAUUAAGUUAUUUCUGGGGAAAUGUUUUAAAUGGCUCCAGCUUGACUCAUCAAUGGUAAAACAAAUCCUGCUUUCGCCAGUUUUUUUUAAAUGAUCACUGGACCAACCCUCGGGGGGAUUAAAUAACAAGAACUUCGAGCCUUCAGAAACUUCGAACAGUUUCUGAAGCUUGCAAUCACAAAAACAAGUCGCUGUUGAAAGUCUUUUGUACUUGUGGGUACAAAAGGCCGCCGGUUCAACGUUCAUGUUUAUAAUGAAGUUCGGAUAACCAUGGAGCACUACGGCGCCGAAGAACAUACGUCUGUUAAUACUUGAUUUACACGUGUUGCUUUUGGUCAAGUUGUCAGAUGGGAGACAGAACACUUCAUCUGCGAAUAACUCUGGCUUUGACUUUAAUGUAAAUAUAUCACGGCCAAUGAAAUCAGUUCUUUCUCUGCUACGAUGUCCUUCUGUUAACGUCUACGACAUUUUACAUAAAGCUUCAUAAGAUUAUCUUUAAAAAAAAAAGUAGCAAUAAGUCCCCAAAAAUGUUAAUAUAGGUCACAAGAUUGAUAUGUACUUCAUGACAAAUUAUAGGAUGUUGUAAAAAGCAAGUUUGUCUCAAUAAAAGGUCACAGUAUGACAAAU